AUGAGAAGACUUGUACAUUGUCUUUUAGUGUGUCUUCGGCUGAAGUUGGAACAGCUGAUUAAUCGGCUGAAGUUGGAACAGCUGAUUAAUCGGCUGAAGUUGGAACAGCUGAUUAAUCGGCUGAAGUUGGAACAGCUGAUUAAUCGGCUGAAGUUGGAACAGCUGAUUAAUCGGCUGAAGUUGGAACAGCUGAUUAAUCGGCUGAAGUUGGAACAGCUGAUUAAUCGGCUGAAGUUGGAACAGCUGAUUAAUCGGCUGAAGUUGGAACAGCUGAUUAAUCGGCUGAAGUUGGAACAGCUGAUUAAUCGGCUGAAGUUGGAACAGCUGAUUAAUCGGCUGAAGUUGGAACAGCUGAUUAAUCGGCUGAAGUUGGAACAGCUGAUUAAUCGGCUGAAGUUGGAACAGCUGAUUAAUCGGCUGAAGUUGGAACAGCUGAUUAAUCGGCUGAAGUUGGAACAGCUGAUUAAUCGGCUGAAGUUGGAACAGCUGAUUAAUCGGCUGAAGUUGGAACAGCUGAUUAAUCGGCUGAAGUUGGAACAGCUGAUUAAUCGGCUGAAGUUGGAACAGCUGAUUAAUCGGCUGAAGUUGGAACAGCUGAUUAAUCGUUCAUUCUGUGUUAGUAGAUUUGAUUAG